ACUCCCUAUGUCCCUUCACACCCAAAAUAACAAAGAUGGCCAAGUUUACACUUGUGCUCCUUUUUUGCACUCUUGUUUGCACUGCCACUGCAAGGAAGCUAGCUUCCCAUAAUGCUGCCUUUAAGGAGCAAAAGACAUAUUUUCACCAUGGAGGGGGACUUGGAGUUGGAGGUGGUGGUGGUGGAGGUUUAGGUGGAGGAGGUGGGCUUGGUGGUGGAGCUGGGCUUGGAGGUGGUGCUGGGCUAGGUGGUGGUGCAGGACUUGGUGGAGGAGGUGGUGGUGGGUUUGGUGGAGGAGGAGGUGGUGGACUUGGUGGUGGAGUUGGUGGAGGAGCUGGUGGAGGAUUUGGAGGAGGAGUUGGUGCAGGUGGUGGUGCUGGAGGUGGUGGAGGAUUUGGAGGUGGUGGGGGUUUUGGAGGUGGAGGUGGUCUUGGAGGUGGAGGUGGAGCUGGUGGUGGUUUUGGAGCAGGUGCAGGCGUUGGUAUUGGUGGUGGAUUCCCUUGAACUCUCAUGAACUUGUUAUUCUUAAAUAUUUUUAAUGCUUUAUGUAUUGCAGUAUUGCACCAGUGCUAGUGUAACACUGGCUUGCUUGUUUUCUUUUUCAUCAAGUUGUGUAUUUUCAUGUUUAUGUUAUCCCUGUGAUGAAAUUAAUAAGCUUCAUGAUGUAAUAAGUUCUUUUCUUCAAAUAAUAUAAUGUUUCAUUUCUUCAGACUA